AUGAAGAAAAGACAGAAUGGACGUGAGAGAAAGUUUAUUGUGUAUGAGUCUCAUCUUCUGAGACUAUUUGCCAGCUGUCCCUCCUGUACAAGUCCAACAUUAGGGGAAGUUCAGCAGGUGAAGGGAUCUUGUGUCACAAUUCUGCAGGACUGUGGACUCUGUGGAUUCAAGACCUCGUGGUGCAGCCAGCCUUUUGUUGGGGCCAUCCCUGCUGGAAACUUUGAGAUUUCAUGUGCACUGCUCUUCUCAGGAUCACUGCCCUCAAAGACCAUCAGAAUGUUCAACUUUAUGAACCUUGCCACCAUCUCCUACAGGACAUUCAUGUACCAUCAACAGUGCUACUUACACCCUGCCAUAGUUGAUGUGUGGAAGAACCAGCAAGCUGCCUACAUUAGGGAAACACUGGAUUCCGGCCAGCCUGUCCAAUUAGGUGGAGAUGGCAGAGCAGACAGCCCUGGACACUGUGCCAAGUUUGGUAGCUAUACCAUGAUGGAUCUGAUGAAAAACUUGGUGAUUGACCUUCAACUUGUACAGAGCAAUGAGGUUGGGAGCAGUUGCCUCAUGGAAAAAGAAGGCUUGGUAAGAUCUGUCCAUUUUCUGGAGCAGAGCAGGCUUGUCAUCAGCCAGUUAGUGACAGAUCGUCAUCUACAAGUGGCAAAGUGGGUGCGGGAAAACAUGCCAAACACAGUUCAUAACAUUGACGUUUGGCACGUGGCAAAAGGAUUGAAGAAGAAGCUAGUGGCACUCAGUAAAGAGAAAGACUGUCAGGACUUUGUGGACUGGAUAAAGAGUAUCGUAAACCACCUUUAUUGGGUUCCUUCUUCAACACCAGAAGAUGAAGAAGAUGAAAUGAAAUGGGAGAAGUGGUCCAGCAUUCUCAACCACAUCCAGAAUGUUCAUGAUGGGCAUGGAGACCACUUCCAGCGUUGCGAGCAUGGGGACCUUGGUCCAGAUGCUCGUCAAAAAAGAUGGCUUAGACCUGGCACCAAGGUUGUUGAGAAGCUAGAAUCAAUUAUCGAUUCCAGACAGAUGAGAAAGGACAUCCCUAAGCUAUCACCAACAGUUCAAACUUCAAACCUGGAGGCAUAUCACUCUGUGAUAAACCAUUUCGCCCCUAAGAUGAAUAGCUUUUCUUACAAGGGAAUGCAAAGCCGCCUUUUGCUUGCCGCUAUGCAUUACAAUGAGAAUUCUGCAAAAGGCCAGGCAGCUACAAAAGACGGUAAUCUUCAGUAUAGGAUUGUCUUUCCAAAACAGAAGAAGGGGGAAUUCACAGUGCAGAAAAUAAAGCAAGCGAACUGGUUUUUAACAACACCAUGCCACGCUGUGAAGAAGGCAACAUUGCUCCUCCGCCUUUGUGUCACCAGUACGUCCACCCAGAGAAGGAUGUUGCUGUAG